GUAAAAAGACCCAUCAUUCCUGUAGAACAGAUCUAAACCCCAUUAUUAUUCCUCUCUAGGAAGAAAGAAAGAAAGAGAGAGAAAGAAAGAAUGGGAGAGAUGAGAAGAACCCUGAUUUCAAUACUAAUAUUAUUGAGCUUCAAUAUCAUCAAUGGAGAAGAUGGGUAUCGAUUCUUUACUUGGAAUAUUACUUAUGGCGAUAUUUACCCACUUGGAGUUAAACAACAGGGGAUAUUGAUAAAUGGGCAAUUUCCAGGUCCAUUGAUAGAUACAGUUACAAAUGAAAAUUUGAUUGUUAGUGUUUUCAACAAUUUAGAUGAACCCUUUCUUCUUUCAUGGAAUGGAAUUCAACAAAGAAGGAAUUCAUGGCAGGAUGGAGUUUAUGGUACUAACUGUCCUAUUCAACCUGGAAACAAUUUUACUUAUGUUCUUCAGAUGAAAGAUCAGAUUGGAAGCUUCUUUUAUUUUCCUUCACUUGGAUUUCAUAAGGCUGCCGGAGGAUAUGGUGGAAUUAGAAUUGCUAGCCGGUCUGUUAUUCCGGUACCGUUUGAUCCACCGGCGGCAGAUUAUACUAUUCUUGCCGGCGACUGGUAUAAGAUGAACCAUACUGAUUUAAAAGCAAUUUUGGAUGGUGGUAAUGAUCUUCCCUUCCCAGAUGGCAUUCUCAUCAAUGGUCGAGGAUCAAAUGGAUAUACAUUUUCAGUUGAUCAAGGAAAAAUUUACAGGUUUAGAAUAUCGAACGUGGGAUUAUCAACUUCCUUCAAUUUUAGAAUCGCCGGCCACAAAUUGAAACUAGUUGAAGUUGAAGGCACGCAUGCUUUGCAAAACACUUACGACUCUCUCGAUGUUCAUCUCGGCCAAUCGUAUUCGGUUUUGGUUAUAGCCGAUCAACCUCCACUCGACUAUUACAUUGUCAUCUCCACUCGUUUCACCUCCCAAAUUCUCACAUCAACCUCUCUUCUUCGAUACACAAAUUCCGCAGGAGCAGCCCCCGGUUCUACCCCGGGUGGACCUACAAUUGAGAUCGAUUGGUCACUCAAUCAAGCCCGAUCAAUUAGGCAAAAUCUAACGGCUAGUGGACCGAGGCCUAACCCGCAAGGAUCAUACCAUUAUGGAUUAAUAAAUACUACCCGCACGAUUAGACUUGCGAAUUCCGCCCCCAUGAUCAACGGGAAACAAAGAUAUGCAGUCAAUAGCGUGUCGUUUGUUCAAGCCGACACGCCUCUUAAACUCGCAGACUAUUAUAAUAUUCAGGGAGUUUUUAGCUUUGGUACCAUGCCAAAUAAUCCUACCGGUAGUGGCGGUUAUCUGCAGACUUCUGUAAUGGCUGCUGAUUUUCGAUCUUUCUUUGAGGUCGUAUUCGAGAAUCAAGAAGAUAUCGUCCAAUCUUGGCAUAUUGACGGCCAUAUUUUCUUUGUCGCAGGGAUGGAUGGAGGUGAAUGGUCUCCCGAGAGUAGAUUGAAUUACAAUCUUAGAGACGGAAUAUCUCGUUGCACUGUCCAGGUUUAUCCUAUGUCAUGGACUGCAUUAUACAUGCCUUUGGACAAUGUAGGAAUGUGGAACAUAAGAUCGGAGAAUUGGGCUCGACAAUACUUAGGUCAACAAUUCUAUCUUCGUGUUUUUUCUCCGGCUAACUCUACAAGAGACGAAAAUCCAAUUCCCAAAAAUGCCCUUCUAUGCGGAAGGGCAUCAGGCCGUAAAACGCGCCCUUUGUGACAAAUUACGGGUGUUAGUACAAAUCGGUCACGAAAGGGUGACUUCUUUGCAUAAUUCAACAAGACAAAUUAUCGCGGUCGGUCAUGAAAGGGUGACUCUUUUGCAUAACUAAAUGAUAGAGGUUUCUUUGGUCUAUUCUGUCACAUUUGUUAUCUUUUACAAAUGAAACUUCUUCUUUAAUUCAUUCAAAAUUCACGCAAUUAGAACGAUUUGUUACGAUAUUGAUAGAUUAAUUUAUAAUGGUUUUAUCAU